CUUAUCGUAGCUCUUGGUGCGGGUUAUCUGCCCAGGCGCGACGCACUCAAUCCCUCGCGAGACACGGCCUCCAGCGGCCGACUGACCGACCGCUUCUCGCAGACAUGCCGUUCGCACUGACGAAGAUGGGUCUGACCGUGCUGCUGCUGAUGCUCGCAGUGUCGCUUGACAAGGCGACGUGCAGCUCAACAAUCAUUAAGGUGCCACCAAUAAAGCCCGGCGAGGUGAACCAGACCAUUGUGGUGAACGUACCACCGACGGUGGACGUGACGCGCACCGUGCAGCAUGGCAACGACACCUCGGCCAGGCUGGUGCUGCAGCCUCAGCCGUCCCCGACGGGCGACUGCCUGCUGUCCGACUGCGACGAGAACGACGUGGGCUGCGACGGGCUGCCGCCGUGCGGGCCCUUCUGCCCCCCGGAGGCGUGCUCGCGCGUCAACUGCUCCCAGUGCUGGCAGGCGGGCUUCGGCGGGCCCUGCUGUUGGUCGUGCUGUUCCCAGUACAUGCCCUACACCUUCCCCCAGCAGCCCCUGACGACUCCCCAACAAAGGCAGCUGCGGCCGUUCUUCCCGUACCCAUUGCCCGAGGCUAUACCUCUGCCACAGGCACAGCCCAUGCCUUUCCCACAGCUACGUCCCAUGCCCAUUCCACAGCAACAAGCUAUCCCCAUUCCACAGCAGCAAGCCAUUCCGAUUCCACAGCCACAACCUUACCCACUUGUACAGCCACAACGUGUCUCCAUUUCUCAGCCACAACCCAUCCCCAUUCCACAACCGCAGCCCAUCCCCGUGCCUCAGUCACAGUCCAUUCCCAUUUCGCAGCCCUGGCCAGUCCCUUUCCCCAUCUCGGGGUCCCAGCCUUACGCCGUUCCCCAACAGAUCUUAUAUCCACAGUUCCAACCUCAGCGACGGUCCCAAACGCAAGAGGUACUGUACGACAUCCCACAGCAGUGCCGUCCGAUACCGUGGUGGCCUUUCCUGCAGUGUCCCCAACCUCCCAGCUGCGGACCAUGGUACAACCCUGGCUGUGUCCCACAACAACCUACCAUGCCAAAUCUGUGUUACACUGUACAUCCUUGCUAAAGACUAGAUAACGCUUACACAUAUGCAUGUCCCUUUCUGUGAUUUAUUUUUUUCUUCGCAGUUUGAACAAAACCAUACUGACGAACUACGAGGAAAUUUCUUUUAUACUACUUAUUCUGUCCUCAGGUCACAUAGUUUGUAGCAUUACCUGUUUCAGCUUCCUACCAAGUCAUCUCCUUUUAAAGUAGAUCACAUGAUGACGAAUUAAUAGUGAGUCGACACUGGUAAAGAUAUCAUCUGUAUGACCUGAAGCUGCAAAUCUAUUACUAAUAUUAUUAUUUCUACAAGAUGGUCACUCUGUUUGACUUAGGCAGUAUGUCUACUCUGCGUACAUUUCAGUGGUUGUACAACCUCUUAAGGAAAAAUUUAACUUUAGGAAACCCUGUUCCGAAAAAUAAGCCGCUAAUCAACCUUCAGGCAACAAACUCGACUUUGUACGCUGUUAGAGAGCAAGUGGAAUUUAUUGCUCUGUGCCUGACACCAUGUACUACGUUAGAUGGAGAGGAACGAGUCCAAGAAUGACGCAAAUGCACAUUCCCCCUACAGCUUCUUCGUCCCAUUGCAUCAAAAUGGGUCACAUCCUCAUUUUAUUCCUCGGCAUACACUCUAAAAUUCUUGGAAGUUCUUCACCUUUUUGUUACACAUUGCAUAUUUGCUUAGUUCAAUAGAAAGUUGUUAAGUAGCAUUUCAAUUUCCAUUUUUUCUGAAACGUGUUGAUUUUGAUGUCGACAGCGUUAAGCGAGCCUUGAUCCAUAAACCAUUCAAAGACCUAGGGGUCAAGGUGCUAUGAACUGAAUAAGGUUAUAAAUUCCUGUUGUAUCUGUACUGACGUGUAUAACAAUGUGCUCACAAAUAAUGUGGUGCGUAAACAAUAAAAUGUUUGUGUUUUUAACAAAAA